AUGGGAUUAUUUAUUUCCGAUCCACUAUUAACUGUUAGUUACAAGAUUAUAGGUGGCAAUGAAAAAAAUGUUUUUAAAGCAGAGGAAGUUCGUGUUGGGAACUUUUGGUUUCUGCGUAUUAGAACCAGAACUGACAGCGACGUUCUUAACAGAGAAAGCAUUGAUCACUAUGUUUUGAAAGUAAAAGCAGUAAUUAGAAUAAAAGAAAAUUCUAGAAAAUUUAAAAGGAAAACUAAAACUGAAGUGCAUGUUAAAAUACUGGAUAAAAACGACCUAAAUCCGUUAUUCCCCCCUGACGGUGAUGUGUAUCAUGUGACAGUGUCCGAGAACACCUCGCUAUACCAGACCAUUGCUAAAGUUAGUGUUUAUGAUUCAGACAUUGGUGUUAAUGGAGAGGUUUAUUUUAGUUUCAAGAAUCCCACCUUUCAGUUUGCAAUUCACCCUACCAUGGGCACUGUGUAUUUAACUCGUCCUUUAAACUACGAGAAGAAAAGUGAAUAUGAAUUGACCAUUGUUACUCAGGACCGGGGACCCAAACCACGCACUGGACGAAUAAUUGGAGUCAGCAUAGCUGCUCUAAAGGUUUCCGUAACUCCAUCAAAUUAUUAUGCUCCGAAAAUCUUCAUAAGAUACUUUUCUACCGUAGCGGAAAAUCACAUUCCUAACAUUUACGCCGUUAUUCGAGUUAGCGACGCUGAUAGUGGUAAUAAUGGGGAGAUUCAUAGGUUGGAAAUUUCUGGUGGAGAUCCUUACGGAUAUUUUCGAGUCACUAGCGGAGACACACCGAAUGAUUUUUACAUUCAGAGUUCUAGGCCGUUUGACCGAACAAGGGACCUUACUUUUUUCAAUCUGACUUUGAAAGCUACCGACAAAGGGAUUCCACCAAAGACGUCUACAGAAGUAAUUUCUGUUAAGGUAACUGAUGUCAAUGAUUAUCCUCCUGUGUUUGAAAAGACUAGCUACUAUGUAGAAGUAGAAGAGGUAUCUCCAGUAAACACGCCAAUUCUGACUGUUAAAGCUAACAGCCGAGUCAAGGCAGCCAGAAUUAAAUACACCAUCGACAGUGGUAAUGUAAAGGAAACGUUUCAUAUCAAUCCAAUAACAGGACAGAUUGCAACUGCCAAGCCUUUAGAUCGUGAAAAAAAAUCCAAGUACACUCUUUUCAUUAGUGUUGUUGAACAGGGAACUAAAUAUAACAGAAAGAAGGGAACCGCCACCGUAGCCAUCAGAGUGUUAGACAGCAAUGAUAACAAUCCUGUGUUCAAUUCUUCUUCAGUUGUGACCGUCCACUUUGAUGAAAACAGACCUAUUGGAAGUGUUGUAUACACUGUUAAUGCAUUAGACUUGGACGAUGGAGAUAACGGUUAUGUUUCUUAUAGUUUAGCGAACGUUAACCCUGUUCCAUUCAAUAUAGAUCAUUUUUCUGGACAAAUUAAGACUUCAGAUGUGCUGGAUUAUGAAACAAUGAGGAGGGAAUACUUGUUGAAGGUUCGUGCGUCGGACUGGGGCUCGCCAAUUUCACGCGAAUCCGAAAUUUCCGUGAGAGUCCGUUUGAGAGAUGUGAAUGACCAUAGACCUCAGUUUGAAAAAGUUGAUUGCGAAGGAUACGUAUUUCGACAAGCUGCGGUAGGAACAGAAAUUCUAACAUUGUCAGCUCUAGAUUUCGAUGCCGGCAGCAUCGUUAGUUAUCGUAUGGUACAUCCAGACGACGCCUUCUGUUUCCAGUUGAAUACUAUUACUGGGGUCCUAGCUUUAACCUGUGAUUUGACACAGCAGAAUUUUCGAGAGAAGUACGUUAAUGUUUCGGCCACAGAUGGCCAGCAUUUUGCUGACAUCAUGUCUAUACGCAUUAAAAUUUUAAGUGAAGCUCACAGUCGUUCAAUGGGAGACAUUAGAAACCGAAAGCCAAAUAAUAAAGAUGCGCUUGUAGAGUGUCGAGACAUGGGUGUUAUCGAUAGAAUGAAAGAACAAAUGGAAUUAGGAAAGAAUAAUAAUAAUCAAGAGACUGAACAUGAUGUCACAGAACCCACGCUUGCCAGUUAUGUAGAGAAUAUCCACGCUCCACAAUUUUUGAGGGAGCUGCCCAAUCAGAUAGAAGUAAGUGAGGGUGUACUUUUGGGUACCACUGUUUUGACACUAGUGGCAGAAGACAGUGACCAUGGAUACAACGGGAAGUUAGUUUAUGUUAUUUCAAAUGGAAAUGAAGAUGGUUGUUUUAAAAUUGACAUGUAUUCCGGAAAUAUUGUAGUCAUGGGGGACAUUGACAGAGAAAGGAAGUCUAAAUACGUAUUAAACAUUUCAGUUUUCGAUCUCGGUCAGCCCCCAAAGUCAGCUUCUAGGACACUAAUUAUUUAUGUCAAAGACAUUAAUGAUAAUGCUCCCAUGUUUGAGAAGACUUCGUAUGACUUUCAUAUUAAGGAGGAUUCCAAAAUCGGAACGAGCAUUGUUUGGCUUCGUGCCUCAGACAUGGACAGAGGCCUUAAUGCACAACUUCACUUUUCAUUAAUCACAGAUACUCGCGACUUUCAUGUUGACGGAGUUAGCGGACUCCUAACUAUAAAUAGAACACUUGAUCGAGAAAAGAUUGACCACUAUCGUCUUAAAAUACGCGUGUGCGACACAGGAAUUACCCAACCUCUCUCAUCUACUACUUUGGUUAACAUUUGGGUUUUGGAUGUGAAUGACAAUCGGCCAAAGUUUAGUCGGCGCCAUUAUCAAACCAAGAUCAGAGAAGACCAGCCAUUGUGGUCUGUGAUUAUGAUUCUCUCUGCCCAUGAUCCUGAUCUGGAUAUGGAAGGGAAAGUGCAUUACGAACUGAAGGGCAACGUCACUAACACAUUUCAAAUUGACCCAGAAAUGGGCGUGGUCAGAUUGGCAGGUAAACUUGAUUUCGAAAGUCGACCAGUUUUUAACUUAACUGUUGUUGCACGUGACGAAGGAGAUCCUCCUCUGUACUCGAGCACUUCUUUGCUUGUGGAAGUACAAGACGUGAACGAAAACGAACACGCACCCAAGUUUCCAAGUUUUGCGGAAGAAGGGAAAGUACUAGAGAACCAACCAAAGGGUACCUUUGUGAUACAGCUGAACGCUCGUGACGAAGAUCCAGGAGGCUUAAAUAGCAAAGUGACAUACUUCAUCAAUGGAGAUGAUGGGAUGGGCAUGUUCUCAAUCGACGAUCAAGGUAUCAUAAGAACUACGACCCCACUUGACUAUGAAAGCACCUCGAGCUACUGGCUGUGCGUCUAUGCUAGAGACUGGGGAACGGUGCCUUUGUAUGAUCGAGUUGACGUAUUCAUUGAGGUUUUAAAUGAGAACGAUAACACUCCUCUGACUGUAGAGCCUGCUUACUUCACUACAGUGGUGGAGAACGCUGAGCUCGGAACAUCAGUGGUCAAGCUAGACGCAUUUGACCAAGACUCCCCAAAUGCCGAGGGUAUACAUUACGAAAUCGUCAGUGGUGAUUCCCAAGGAUUUUUCAUCAUUAACGAAAAUACAGGCCUAAUCAGAACGACCGCACGUCGCUUAGACCGGGAGAUGCAAUCGGAGCACGUGCUUGAGAUGAAUUCAAGUUCGAAUAGUUCAGCAACAAUCAAAGACAACUUUUUGGACAGUGGAGAUAAAACUGAUACCAUAGUCAAUUUACAGCAUCUACAGUCAAGCACUGUGGAGGAUCGUCAGUUCUUAGAAUUAUUAGCUGCAGGUCAGUUGUGGGGUGAUGGGGUAAAUAUGGAAGCUAAAGUAGCACUCUAUGGUGGUGGACAAAAUGUACGUCUAAACUUAAAAGACGAAUGA